CCUGGCCUCGCAGCCAGCCACGCCGGCUGGGCGUCGCGUCCCAGUGAGGACGCUCGCUCGUUCAGCCCGCUUGAGAGAAAAGUUGGUUUGCUUAAUUGCCGCAGGAGCGGGCAGGCUCGCCCACACCGCCAGCCCUCGCACAGGGCCCGCUUGCCUCCGUCCUGGUGACCCCUGGGAUCGCGCUGCUCCCUCAGCGUCGCUCCCGUGUCCUGUUUGCAGCGACAGUGGCAAAAAAGAUGUGUGUUGGAGUGGCUCUUGCGUGCCGGGGUGACAAAAUGAUUUGUGCGCCUUUAUGAAGUUGAAGUUUUGUCUUGAUAACGGAACUUCUGAACCAAAACCCUGCAGGUUGUCUCAAGCUGCUUCUGUAUUAGGGUAAAAGCCUUGUUCUAAACUUUUUAAUCUAGUUUGCAAGAAAAGGUGACUCUGAGGUGGGUUUUUUUAAGUGCUCAGUUGGGUCCCUACUUAAGUUUUCUGACACACUUUUCCCUGACCAUUGACGUUGUCUCCUUUCCUGGCUGGGGCCGCUCCUGAGGGCUCCUCUUCUCUGGGGUGGUCGCACCCAGAGUGAGCUAUGGGAUGCAAAGCUCCUUGUCCCUGAAGGGUGCUCUCGCAGGAAGCGGGUAACGAGAGCGGCUUCCGCAGGGGGCCAGGUCCCAGUAGCUGCUGGAAAUCUGCCUGCCACUUACAUGAAUUAAAAGUUUGUCUGAGAUAACGGUUUGGGGGUUUUUGUUUCAGUCUUGGGGAUUGCCUGAGUUUGAAGGAGUUACUUUCCUGUUAUGCUUUGAAAAAAAUCUGAGUAAGCGUUCUUUAUAUGUGCUUAAUUUUAAUACCACAGGGAAACAAUUAAACUCUUGUAAAACCUGUGCUGGCUUGAAAGUGCCAGAUCAAGGCUCCUGGUUUAGGCUUGUCCUAAGUUAUUAGUGUGGUGAAAGCUUAGGGCUGAGGGCUCGGUCAGAGGGGCUGCUGCUGCAGACCAGGCUCUGCUAGGUGCUUCUUGGUACUCUGGAAUAUGACUGUUCUGUAUGCUAAUGUGUUUUAUAAAUUGCAUUAAUGAAAAUCCUGCGAGCGUGUGGGUGUGUGAAAUGCUGAAAAAUUCCCUGAUUCUGCAGAAGUGGGCUGUCAGGAACCUGCAAACUUAGUUUAAAGCACUAGGUGGGUACACUGAGGUAUAAGAUACGCUGUGUCCCUAGCUGGUAACGCAAGCCUGACAGCAGGUCUCCUUCCACAGCUCAUUACAGAACUUUUUUUUUUUUUGACAUAAAAAGGCCCAGCAGAGAUGGAAGCUUUUUUUCUUCCAGUGUUAGCAAGUGGUAGAGCUGAAACGAUGGAUGGAGGCUGACCCUUGCAGUGGCAGUGCGGUCAGAGGUGGUGAUAGGGUUCGGGUGGCACUCGGGACUUCGGUUCCAGGUCUCGGGUCUGUGAAACAGCGGGCAAGCGGCAGCCCGGAGAUACAGCGUUUUGACAGUGUAAUCACUUCAUUUGUUUCAUCAGUCACAGAGAACAGUAGGAAUCCUUUGCAUAUGACAUGGUUUUCAGGGUGACUUGUGAUCUAAAUUAGCUGAAUAUAGACUUUCUUCCCCCAUUUGUCUCAUGGCGUACACAAGUUCCAUUCUGUUUUUAGUCCCACUCUCAUGACAUCGGAACGGUGCCUCUGUCUGCUCUGCCCAAACGCCUGAACCACCUUGGACAGCUGUCAAACCAGCUUCGACAGAAGUUCGCAAAAAUAGCAAGUUCUCCAGAUUUUUGUGCGAAUAGACCAGGAGAAGACAAGGAACUCUAGUUAUUCCCCUACGGAGGGGAAAAAGAGCUUUUAUUAGGAACUGGAGAAUCCCCACUAGGAAGAGGUGCUGGCUCCAUAAACCCUGUCGCUGUAGGAGCUGGGCUGUCUGGUAUCCUCUUCAUCUUUCUCCUGGCAUGUGUAUGGUAUACAAACACACGAGCUAAAGUGCCAUGUUGGCUGUGUGUUAACAGCAUCUGUUCCUUUUUUUGAUUUUAUUAAAUGAAGUUUCCCUUGUUAAAUUUGAGUUCAAAAUCCCUAGCCUUGUAACUGUGCCUUUAAAUAAAUAAAGCCAGAUCCUGUACUGAUUUACUGCCUUUCUCCUUCCUCUUUUUCCAUGUGAUUUACGGUAGCAUUUCUAUUGGGCUCUCUUCAGAGCUGAACCUCCUUACAGUUCUACUUCAGUUCAAAAGUGAAAUACAAAAACUCCUCUGAGUCAGUCCGUGUGGUGAUGGUCGCCUGUGUUAACUCACAUUGCCUACAGGAGAAAAGGGCAGUGGGCAGUCCCCUGUGUACUACUGGGAGAAAAUUAUUUCAGCCUGUAGUUUACUCCAAGCCCACAUCUAAGGGAGCAGCAAGUUAUUAGGCCACCAAUUGAAUGAUUUUAUUGUUUGUUCUGGUGAGGUGCAUAUUUCCUUGCUCAUCUUCCCCGUAUGGUCUGCGUUGCUCAUGGAUGCAGUGCUUUUACUGGAUUUUAACCCAAAUGCCCUUAGCAUCAUCUGAGGAAAAACCUUCUGAGCUGUGAUUAGAUGCUGGCUUUUGAGAUUUUGGGAGGGUUUUAAUGGACUCCCAGCAAAACUCAGGCAAUGAGCUAUUACUUGAAGCCUUGAACAGCCAUCUUUCAGGGCCACAUAAACGAUUAAGUAGUAACUCUAGUGUUGAUGGAGAUAUCUGUGAAAGUGUUCCUCUGAGCGUUGUGCAAAACGAUGCUCUACUUGGCAAGACUGAAGAAGCAGGGGAGGGGUUUGCCAGCUCCGGAGCCAAGCGCUCGCAUCUGGGUGACUGCAGCGCAGAGGCUCGUCCGGUUCGUUUUUGUGAUGAACGGCCGGAGAAUGCCGGAGGAGAGCUCAAGGAUGGGCAGCACUGCUAUGAGGGAGCCGUCGUCAUACUCGAUGCCGGAGCGCAGUACGGGAAAGUCAUAGAUCGUCGGGUGCGCGAGCUGUUCGUCCAGUCCGAGAUCUUCCCUUUGGAAACACCAGCCUUUGCAAUCAGAGAACACGGGUUUCGAGCUAUCAUCAUAUCUGGAGGACCAAACUCUGUGUAUGCAGAAGAUGCACCAUGGUUUGACCCAGCAAUAUUUACAAUAGGAAAACCAGUUCUUGGAAUCUGCUAUGGCAUGCAGAUGAUGAAUAAGGUAUUUGGAGGUACAGUGCACAAGAAGAGUGUUAGAGAAGAUGGAGUGUUCAGCAUUACUCUGGAUAACACAUGUUCACUGUUCAGGGGCCUUCAGAAGGAAGAGCUUGUGCUCCUCACUCAUGGAGAUAGUGUGGAUAAAGUAGCUGAUGGAUUCAAAGUGGUUGCACAGUCUGGGAACAUCAUAGCAGGCAUAGCAAAUGAAUCUAAAAAACUAUAUGGAGCACAGUUCCACCCUGAAGUCAGCCUCACAGUGAAUGGAAAAAUGAUCCUGAAGAAUUUUCUUUACGAUAUUGCGGGAUGCAGUGGUACCUUCACAGUGGAAAACAGAGAACUUCAGUGCAUUCAAAGUAUCAAAGAGAAAGUGGGCUCAUCAAAAGUCCUGGUUUUACUCAGCGGUGGUGUGGACUCAACAGUGUGUACUGCUCUCCUGAACCGAGCUUUAAACCAAGAUCAGGUCAUAGCUGUACACAUAGAUAAUGGGUUUAUGCGCAAAAGAGAGAGUCAGUCUGUGGAAGAGGCACUCAAAAAACUUGGGAUUCAAGUUAAAGUGGUGAAUGCAGCUCAUUCAUUCUAUAAUGGUACAACAACUCUGCCCAUCUCGGAUGAAGACAGAACUCCACGUAAAAGAAUUAGCAAGACCUUAAAUAUGACUACAAGUCCUGAAGAAAAAAGAAAAAUUAUUGGUGACACCUUUGUUAAGAUUGCCAAUGAAGUUAUUGGAGAAAUGAAUCUGAAACCCGAAGAGGUUUUUCUUGCUCAGGGUACGCUCAGACCUGAUCUCAUUGAAAGCGCUUCCCUUGUUGCAAGUGGCAAAGCUGAAGUCAUCAAAACUCAUCAUAAUGACACAGAGCUGAUUCGAAAGUUAAGAGAAGAGGGUAAAGUAAUAGAACCGCUGAAAGACUUUCACAAAGAUGAAGUGCGGGUGCUAGGGAGAGAACUUGGUCUUCCUGAAGAGCUGGUUUCAAGGCAUCCCUUCCCAGGGCCUGGUCUAGCAAUCAGAGUGAUAUGUGCUGAAGAGCCUUAUGUAUGCAAAGACUUUCCUGAAACAAACAACAUUUUGAAAAUAGUGGCGGAUUUUUCUGCAAGUGUUAAGAAGCCACAUACUUUGCUGCAACGGGUCAAAGCGUGUACAACUGAAGAAGACCAGGAGAAGCUGAUGCAGAUUACAAGCCUACAUUCACUGAAUGCCUUCUUGUUACCAAUCAAAACUGUGGGAGUGCAGGGUGACUGUCGUUCAUAUAGCUAUGUUUGUGGGAUCUCUAGUAAAGAUGCUCCACACUGGGAAUCUCUUAUGUUUCUUGCCAGGCUCAUACCACGCAUGUGCCACAACAUAAACAGAGUUGUGUAUGUGUUCGGUCCACCAGUCAAAGAACCUCCUACAGAUGUCACCCCCACUUUCCUGACAACAGGAGUCCUCAGCACUUUACGUCAAGCUGAUUUUGAGGCUCACAAUAUUCUCAGGGAGUCUGGUUAUGCCGGAAAAAUUAGCCAGAUGCCAAUAAUACUGACACCAUUACAUUUUGAUCGGGACCCCCUACAGAAACAACCUUCCUGUCAAAGAUCUGUGGUUAUUCGAACUUUUAUUACAAGUGAUUUUAUGACUGGUAUUGCAGCAACGCCUGGUAAUGAGGUUCCAGAAGAGGUUGUGUUAAAAAUGGUGGCGGAGAUUAAGAAGAUUCCUGGCAUUUCUCGGGUGAUGUAUGACUUGACAUCAAAGCCACCAGGAACUACGGAGUGGGAGUAAUUAACUUUUUUUUUCUAUUAAGUACUGUGUGCAGUCUAAAUCAUAUCAGAAACCAUUCCCAGUGUUGACAUGCAGUACUGUGAAAGAGUGACUGGAGCUGCUACAUCGCAUCAGAUUCCUCUCCUGGAGCAUAAACCUGCAGUUAAGAGCUGAGCUGGGGAUAAUAACUAAGUGGGGCUGAGGAUUUGUACGGGUAAAUAAUCAUGGCAGCAUUGCUGGUGCGCAGACAGAUUCCUAUUGCUUUUGCCUUUGUCUUACCAAUUCUUCCUGUUUUCAUGUGUUUUAUUGUUAACUGUCAUUUCAAUGUCUCUUUGUUUUUGUACACUGUGUAAAAAGAGACAGUUUAUUUACUUCUACCAAAAGCAUUGUUACAGCCUAAAAGUGUAAAAUGAAUUGUGACCAACUGCUUUUGAAUGGAUUUAUUAUAAAUAAAUAUUUUGCCAAAUGGAGUAGUGGGUACUGUUGAGUUGUGGAAUUACUGUGUAUCUGUUGUAUACUGUUAAGCUUGUUCUAUAUUGUUUGACGUAUUAGCCCAUGGCAAUAACGUUGAGCUCCAAGAGAGUAAUGCUAAAAUAUUAUGAAAUGACCUGUCUGUCUUUCUGUACUCACUCCCUCUUGCAUCGCUCAGUAGGUGUGCGUGUUGGUAACUGAUGUGUAUACGCAAGCUAAUCUUUAGUAUACACUUACUGCACGUACGCAUAUGUCAAGUUCCAGACAGCGAAGUAUCUUUGUGUGCUUCUGGGGACUCUGAUAGAAGCCUAAAAACGGGAGUGAGGUUUGGAAAGCUGUUGCACCAGAGCUACGGGAUCUGAGAAUCCUGUUUCUGUCCUCAGACGCUUGCGCAACAGUCCCUUUGCAGCCUGCUGCUGAUGUGGUUUCAUUAUACUUGAUGACAGUUUAUUUUCUACGCAUUUUGCUUUUACAGGAAAUUUUUUUUUGUAUGUAUUGUACUUAGCUUGAUCUUUAAGGUCAUUAUAGUCGUUAGCGUGGAGUCAUGGUAUCGGAGGUGACUUACCCAAUCCGUAUAGAUCCCUUCUGUCAUUUGUAUUCUGCUCUUUAUGUAGUUAAGUAAGCAAUAAUUUGAGAGAUGAUUACUUUGAACACCUGUGCUUUUCUGAUGUAUUGAGGCAAAGCUAUUUCCAUCCACCUGAGAAUUUUGAGCAUGUCCUGCAAUUGCUGUCUGUGGAAGUAACAGUUAAAUUAUGACCUGAGCAGCUUGCUGGGUGCCUGCCAGGUACCUCCACCGGUGGAACCAUAAUCAUGUAUCCAGGCUCAUCCCUCUUAUCCUUUUUUUUUAAUUUAAGCAGUUGCAUUUCAUUCAGCUGCAAGAUUACCAUAGUAUUAUGGGGGUGAAAUACUUGUUUUAAACUGUUGAAUAACAUGGGGUAUUUAAUGGCUGUAGCUACUUCUAUUUCCACUUGCAUAGAUUUGUGAACUGGAAUAAUGGUUGAAAGUGUUUGUUCUAUAUUCUUUUGAUAGCACACAUUUUCCUGUUGUUCUUACACUCACUGCCUACACAUUAUGGAAAUUUAGUUUAAUUUCUGCUUAUAGGAAAUGGCUAACGUGUAAAUUUAUUCUUUUUGCCUGUGUCACUGAGUGGUGGUUUUUUGCUUGGGGAAGGAGGUGGUGUGUUACAGCCUCUUCGAAAUCCUUAGGGGAGGGACACAGGCGUGCAGGAGAACGCCAGACCAGUGGCCAAGAAAACUGCUUCCCCCUUGCAGCCCUGCUCCUGGCAGGUUCUGUAGCCUGGGCAAACUGAUCUUAAGUGAUCUCUCAGUUGCCUCUUUUAUAAAAUGGGGGUAGUAAUUCUCGCCCAUGUCCAUCAACCUCUUUGAGCCCUUUGGAUGAGCUUUUUGUAAGUGAAGUAUUAUCAAUACGAAUGUUCUUACUGUGACCUGUCAGAGCUGUUGGUCAAAAACACUGUAAAUCAGUGUUUGCUGCGGCAGAAUCUAUGACAGCAUGGGUUCUGUUGAAAACAAAUUUUCUUUGUCGCUUAUCUCGAAAGAAAGCUCCUCCAUGAAAUUAUGGCCUUAGAGAACCUUUUAACUUUUUGUCAUAAAAAGCUGAGGAUAGUUGUCAUUACUGUGAUGGUGUCUCAGAUGUAAAGGGUGCAAUGACAAGAAAUGAAUCUUUUUGGUGUGAUGCAGAAAUCCUUCAGCCUUUUAAUGCUAUAGCAGUUGUUGCUUAUUGUAAGUAGGCUUGCUCUUUGCUGCUGCUGCUUUGUCUUAGCUUGACAGCAAAUAGGCAAAACAGAAGGAAUUACUAAAAAGUAAUGAAAAGAGUAUAGGAAUUAUUAAAAAGUAAUGAAUGCAAAGAAUAUAGGAAUUACUAAAAAGUAAUGCAAAGAAUAUAGAGCACCUCUUAAACCCAAACUUUUCUCAGUUUUGACUGGGACACUUAGUUGGUCUCCGUGUAAAUACAUCUGCAGUACAUACUCCUGUAGUUAUGAUGUACCUCCCAAGAAAACUUGUGUGGUGAUGGUGAUGCCCAUUGGUUUGGGGGUUCCAGUAACUGUUGUACCUCUGGACCACAAACUUGCAGCAUACAGACAGAAAUCUUCCAUUCACUGCAUGUUGCACCCUUGGAAGUCCUUCUCCGAGUUGCAUCUUAAAUACAGGCAUGAUAUAUACCUGUAUUCUAGGUGUAUACUGAAGUUUGAUGUACACCUUUACCAUCUUUUAAUCACCUGAGUUGCUUUCAUGUCUGUAAUGAAACAGAGCUUGACAGUAAUUCCUGUGCUCUUUAGGAACAUACUUUGGUUCUGGGGUUUUUUUGAAGCCAGAAAGUUGAUUAUUGAAAACUUUAGGUAUAAAUUAUUGCACUAAAAUCAAAAUGUCAUAUCAAAAUGAAAUUUGUGAUCUUUAGCUCUCUUCCCCCUGUUUGACACCUGUACCAUGCAUUGUAGAUGUGGUGGAUUGUUCUUAGGAAGGUUGGUGUUAUCCCAGCAGUUCUUGAGUGUUUUUAUGGAAUCCAUGUGUAUCGGACAGCCAGAAGUGGAGAGAAACGUAAUACUCUGUUCACAUUUCUUAAAAAAAAAAUAAAAAUUAUAUAUAUAUUUAGCACCUAGUUUACCAACUAAUAACUGUAGCUGCCCUGUACAAUUGUUCACCUCAAGUCUUCAGUAAAACAUGUCAGCAGUUAGAGGAAUUUGUAUUGGGGGCAUUCCCCAUCAUUCUCAAUUUUUAACAUUUUUCUGCUUGUGAAAUGAUAAAGUACU